AUGUCUCGAUAUAUGAAGCAACUAGCUUGCCGUUUUCAUCCCGAGAGCGUUUUGAUUGAAGACUAUCGUGCGGGUGACAUGAUAUGUCCCGACUGUGGUCUUGUUGUCGGUGAUCGAAUGAUCGAUGUCGGUUCGGAGUGGCGAACAUUUAGUGUGAAUGAUGGAGACCAAAAAGAUAUGUCGCGUGUGGGUAGUCUCGAAGAGCCGCUAUUUGACGGUCUUGAUAGUUUUGCAACAGUAAUGAGAGAUCCUAGUACACGUGACAAAUUUGGAAAAGGGAAAUAUAGAAGUGAACAAAUGUCAACAAAAGAAAGAGUACUUCGAAAUGGUUUUGGCUCAAUUCAAGCUAUCGGCGCAAAAGUAAAUUUAGAGAAACGAAUAACUGAGCGUGCUAAAGUUAUCUUUAAACAAUACUAUGAACAAAAACAUUCAAACGGUCGGAACUAUGAUACUAUUGCUGCGGCAUGUAUUUAUAUUGCGUGUCGAGAACAAAAAAUGCCCAGAACAUUUAAAGAAAUAUGUGCAAUUUCACAUUCAUCAACGAAAGGGAUCGCACGUUGUUAUAAACAGCUAAUUGAAACUUUAUCAAAAACACCCGAGGCAACGGAUUUGAAAAGUCUUGUGCCACGUUUUUGUAAUCAUCUUGGAUUUAAGAAGGAAAAGUUAAUCCAGAAAACUGCUCAGCAUAUUGUAGAAAAAGCAUCAGAACUAUGUAAUAUACAAAGUCGAUCGCCAACAGCCAUUGUUGGUGCCUGCAUUUAUAUGGCUGCGAUUGCGUGUGGUGAAGAGAGACCAUUGAAAGACAUUCAACAAGCAACUAGUGCGACGACUAUACGUCAAGCAUAUCAGAUUCUGUUAACAAAAGUCACAGAACUAUUUCCACAAGAUUUUCAGUUUAACGUUUUACCGUCAGAUUUUCCUACUUUAUCAAAUAGAAAAGCGAAGAUCACAUAA